CCUGAAGGUACAGUUUCAGCGAUCGUCGAUCGGGGGGUUUUCGGUGAUUAUGUGCUGUUGUGACGGUAUGUCCGCGUAGGCAGCGAUAAUGAGAAGCAAAAGUGUACCUGUGAAUAUUUUUAUUAGGAAAAUCAACACGAUUUUUGGGGAAGGCGGUGAAGAAGGUUCGCCAGAGGAAGGGGACAAGCUAGAAGGCGAAGACGAUUUGGAAUCGAUGACACCGACAUCAGCCACUUCGCCGGCCCCGCACGAAGAUGGUGUCACGUCCCCGCCGCCAGGCGAUGUGCUGAGUCCCAACAGUCCGCGAUCGCCAAUCGAGGAUACCAGCAUUUGCAGAAAUUCACCGUCGCGUAAUUCGAGAGACUCCGCCGAAUCUCCAGGUCCGCCGCGGUCUCCAUCAGGCGAAUCGAUGCUAUCCGAACGAGCGGCCCUGCUUCGCGGUAUCCCGCUCGGCACGUCCCUGAGCCCCGUAGGCGUCACCUUACCGCCUACAAUACCGGCAGCCGCGGCGGCCGCUUUCCUGCCGCCACAAUCCGCCGCCAUGGCGGCCUAUCUCAACGCGGUGGCUCAGCAAUCUCACAGGCUCAUGAUGACAUCGCCUCUGCCGCCGAGCUUUCCGAGGGCUCCCAUUUCUCCGUUAAUUACGUCUUCCUCGUCGCCUCCCGGCGCUUCGAAUCACUCUCCCGUCGAACAGCCCAGCCACUCUCCCACCAGCGAAGGUAUACUGGACUUCAGUAAGCGAGGGCAAAGCAAGAGCGAUACGGGCGACAGCGAUUCCGACGCGAACUUCGGCAAGCCCAAUUCCCCGAUGGUCGGGGAGAGCGGCGCUCCCUUGGACUUGUCGGUGACCAGUCGCAAGCGCAGCUCCGACGAACCCGUCGCGCAGCCUUUGUCCAGGAAGCCGCGAACGGAGUUCAAAGCGACGCUGCCGCAAUGGCCUCCUAGUCUCGGUGCUUCGCACUAUUUCGCGGCGGCGACGCUCGCCGCGGCCGGUUUGUCGCCGAAGAACAACUCCUCGGAGUUGUGGAACGGUAAGAUGAAGCACGUACCGCCGGCGCCGAGCGACGCGACGAAAGCUUUAGAGAAAAUGAGCGAAUUGAGCAAGCUGGGCGGCGACGAUAUAUUCAGAACGAUGGCCAACGCCGCUCCCAUCAAUUCGGCCAGCAAUCGACACAGCGCUUGGCAAUCGCAUUGGUUGAACAAAGGUGCUGAACAAGCCAAAGAUGUAUUAAAAUGUGUGUGGUGUAAACAGAGUUUCCCCAGCUUGGCCGCCAUGACGACUCACAUGAAAGAGGCUAAACAUUGUGGGGUUAACGUUCCCGUCCCUUCUAUGCAAUCGAGUAAUCUCAUUCCUCAACCGCCUAUUUCUUCACCUUCUAAUACGAAUACCAGUUCUUCAUCGUCGAAUUCAAACAAACCUAAUCCGUCAGAUUUGAAUAUGCUAAUCAAAGAAACGAUGCCAUUGCCAAGGAAACUAGUGAGAGGACAGGACGUUUGGUUGGGAAAAGGUGCCGAACAAACCAGGCAGAUACUGAAAUGCAUGUGGUGCGGCCAAAGCUUCAGGUCUUUAGCCGAAAUGACGAAUCACAUGCAGCAGACUCAACAUUACACAAACAUUAUAUCUCAAGAGCAAAUCAUCUCCUGGAGGUCAACGGACGGUUCUAAAGAUGGAAGUAGCGGAGGUGGAGCUGGGCCCCCCGGACCGAAUCCACCUCCAGGAGGUACGAGUAGUCACGUGAGCGCUGUCCUCACCUGUAAAGUUUGCGAUCAAGCAUUCAGUUCCUUAAAAGAAUUGAGCAACCACAUGGUCAAAAAUUCGCAUUAUAAAGAACACAUAAUGAGAUCGUUAACCGAAAGCGGCGGAAGGCGGAGGCAAACCAGAGAGAAACGCAAGAAAUCGUUGCCAGUGAGAAAGCUCUUGGAAUUGGAGAGGGCGCAGCACGAGUUCAAAAACGGCGACAGCACCGGCAUUUUGGAUAAAAUGCGCGACGUCACCGGAGCCGGUCGAAUAACUUGCGAAAAAUGCGGCAAUAAAAUCGAAACUUCUCAAUUCGUAGAUCACAUUAGACAGUGCGUCGGCGGUAUGACUAGUAACCAAAGGAAUUUUCUAAAAAACGCUUUAAUGUCCAGUAAUAUUUUACCGCCGGAGAGCCCGAAUAGAGAGAAACUCAAAACACCGUCUGAUAAGUCGCCGUCGCCCCAACAACGAUCUCCUAUAAACGAUACAAGUUCGAAAGAUAAUUCAGGUGUACCUGAAACCAACAACGUUUCCUCCCCGUCAGUUUUAAACGCCAUCGAGAAACUAAUCGAAAAGAGCUUCGAUUCGAGAUCUCGACAGAACGCCAAUUUCCCAGGACACGGUCAAUCGCAGGCGCCCAUGGGUAGCAGCAUUUUAAAAAGACUAGGAAUAGACGAGACUGUAGAUUACACGAAACCUCUUGUUGAUGCCCAAACGAUGAACCUGUUACGCAACUAUCACCAACAGCAGCAAAAUCAAAUGUAUGGUAGACGAGAAAGAAGCGGCAGCGAAUCGAGUUCUAUGUCAGAAAGAGGCAGCAGCAGAAUCGAUUCGCUCACACCCGAGAGGAAAAUGGAACCUCCAGGUGUGCCCAUAACAAGUACACCAAGGUCUACUCCCGAUAUCAAAAGAGAAAGGUCGCCUUUCGUCGAAAAAAACAGCAGUGCCAAUGAAACUGAAACCGACUCGGUGGUUGUGAAAAAAGAGAUCGACGACGAGGAAAGAACGUUCCCCAACGUCAAAGUCAAACACGAAGUCAACGAAAACGAAGACGAUGAUCGCAACAGCUAUCACAGCAACGGCGAUAUAUCCAAGGAGGAGGAAGACAAACGGAGAACUCCAGUUACCAGUCCGCGACAACCGAGCGACUCGGGCCAGCCGAGCAGCCCGUGCAGGAAUUCCACGGGCAGUCCGGCCAGCAGCGAGCGAUCGGGCACGCCGAGGAGCACCAACGGCGACAAAAAACCGCCGGGCGCUCUGGGCGCUCUAAGCUCGAUGUUCGACAGCCUGUCGGGCUCGAAUUCCGCCAACGAAUCGAACCCGAACGGCAACAAGCGCGGCUCCAGCCACCCUUUGGCCGCCUUGCAGAAGCUUUGCGACAAGACUGAAACGCACACGAACAACAGAAGUCACGCCUCGUCGACCGUGGUCAAUUCCACGGUGAGCACCAGCAACAGCGCCACGACGGCGAGCGGCACCACGCCCGGCGCCAUUCUGGCGUUCAGCUGGGCCUGCAACGACGCCGUCAUGACGUCGGAUUCGAUCAUGAAAUGCGCUUUCUGCGAUACGCCGUUCAUUUCGAAGGGGGCUUACAGACACCACUUGUCCAAAAUGCACUUCGUCAAAGACGGCGUGAUACCGGAUCCGGUGGCUCUAAAGACUUCGCAACCAUCCAGUUCUUCCAAUGCUGGUAUACCUUUGAAAAGUACCACCGCGUUACCUCCUAGCGUAUCAGCGGCCGGUUCAGCGGGAGCCAAGAGCCCGCCCGCCGCCGGCGCGUUCGAGGAAAGCCCCCAUUCGAAGUUUCUCAAAUACACUGAGCUGGCCAAACAGUUAUCUAGUAAAUACGUGUAAAUAGUGUUCAAUUUUUGAGAUACAUUCCUAUUUUGUAAAAGUGAAUAUAGUCUUGAAGGCGUAAAAGCCGCUUUGAGCGGCGUUUUGUGAUGUUAUCAUAUCGUAAAAUUCAAACCAAUAGUAAUAAAACAAAAAAAAAGCGUAGAGGUUAGUACUACUACAAUGUAUAUGCGAAAAAAAAACAUCAAGAAUCUCAAGUGAUUAUGAUUGUUAUACGAAUUUUAAGUCACAAAAAUAUGUGUAUAUAAUUAUGAAAUAAGACAGUAUUGUAAGAAUGUAUACUUUUUCUCUUUAUUAGGGAGAUCCGCUAUCAGUCAGAUCAAAAACUAAUAAUCAAAAUAUUUAAUAUAAUAUAGUGAUGUUUCUAGUGUCAAAAUUGUAAUACGUACUAAAAUGGUUUUAGUUUUUGAUUUGGGUCCGAUUCCAGAAUAUUACAGUCCUUUACCAAUCAGGCAAUAAAAUAUUUCUUAACUAAUUCCUCUUAAGAAACAGUGCAUUAUAGCACGCAAAACAGAACUUUUCCCUGUUUAUUAGAAAUUAAAGUAUUUUUAAUAUCCAAUAUGUACUAUAAAAAUGCUCUCAAAAAUCUACUCUUUAUAAAAAAAUAUUUUAAUAAAAUUUCAGUUAUAGGUAAAGUAAUUUGCAAAGUCAAAUGCGACAAAUUUUGUGCAAACGAAACCUAAAAUAAUUUAAAACCAAUACGUACUAAGAAAGCAUUAAAAAUUAUAUAUCAAAUUAAUUAUUUUAUUUAUUUUAUCUAUUACCACAAUGUAUUAAAGUGGUGGAUGGUCAAGUUUUGAAAAUCAUAAUACUUUGAAAUUUUUUAUCGCCUGAUUGGUAACAACUUAGAUGUAAAAAAAACUAGUUGUUGGUUAAAGUAACCACAAAUUUUCUUGAAAAGUACUAAAUUGUAGCCGUGAAAAUUUUCAACACUUCCGUUGAUUAUUUUAAUUUCAGUUGUAUGUUUUAAGAGAGAAAUUUUACUAUAAAAUAAAAUUUACAAAACAUUAAGUAUACGUAUUGUCGUAAACAUCUCAUCUUCCAAACAAAGUUUUUAAAGUGACUAUAUUUAUCAAUAAUUAUUAUAAUAUACUGAAUAAUACAAAAAAAUGUAUACGCAAACUAGCUGAUUAUUCAAGGCGAAGCUCUUUUU